GCGGCUCAUCCCGCUUUUAUUUUGAAAACCGACACGAAAAAUGAAGCCGUCACGUGACCCAUGCAAUGCGAAGCCUUGUUUAGACACAGGGAGGAGGUUGCAAAUGUGUCUCGUUUCCUUGAUUACGCUCUGUGUAUUUAGUUUCACUUGUGUCUCUGUCAGUUCCUCAUCUCAUUUGGUGUGAAGCUGUCGUAUGUUGUCUCAGUCCAUUCGUAAACUCAGUUGCUGCCUGUGUUGAGCCUGGCUUCUGCUCAGCGGUGCUGCCUGUAUUUUGGAUUAUGUCUUCAUUAAAUACGUCAUCAUUCAUCUUUACCUGGGAUCCAAGCGUCUGCAUCACCAAACCCUCACAUCACGCCGUGACACAACGUGACAGACUGUGGACUAACAAGUAUUGCAAGAUUUCCAGUAGGGCAGUUAGAACUUGUAGAACUUGUAAUUCAGGUGUUUUUCAACCCCUUCUUCUUCUUUGAUCCAGCACACCUGUAUCAAAUGAUUGCACCAGGUUCUGCUGAAGGGUGUUAUUCAUUUAUUUUAGUCAGAUGUGUGACAACAGGAAAAAACAUAAAUCGUGGGAUUGUGGGUCCUGAGGAAAGCCUGGCAGAAGACAUUUGCUGCCGGAACAAAUAGAAGGGUCUGCCUGAGGCCAGGAACCCAUUUCACCAUGUCAAACUCCACCAGAAUUAAGAUCCUUGUCCUCCUCUUCAUCACCAUAUCCAUAAUCACGCUCUUUGUUAGCAAUAGAUCAAUUGGCUUCAAACCCAAACUUGUUGUUUCACAAGUUUGUGAGGGAUCAGUCUCCAAACAGAGUAUAACUCCCCUGAAAAACACCAAGCACUUUUUAGUCUCAGCCUACAUGGAUCAGAGAGUACAGGGCUUUGACCUUCGCCUCAUCGGGAUGUUUCGGAGAGACUCCAUCCAGGAACUCCACUGCUUUUUCUGCUGUGCCGGCUACACAAGUGAAAUCACUCCAGCGAAAAUUUUACAACACUCGGACAACUUCGGGUUUCCAUUCGUCACCACAGAUGUCUUGUGCCAGAUUCCUAAAACCUGCAAAGCUGCACAUGUCACUCUUCUGACCCAAACGAGGCCUGAGAAUGGAACCGAAUACGUCUGGCUUCCCAUAGGGAACAAGAAGACAGAUGGAGGAGAGGAGAAAAGGAUGGAUUUCACUGUGUGCAUCUCCACUUUGUUUGGGGGCUACAACAACGUGCUGCAGUUUGCACAGACACUAGAGAUGUACAAGUUGCUCGGCGUGAACAGAGUGGUGAUCUACAACACCAGCUGUGGCCCGGACCUUGACCGUCUUCUGCAGGGUUACAGCCAGGAGGGCUUUGUGGAAAUAGUUUCCUGGCCGAUCGACAAAUACAUGAAUCCAUCGCGAGGCUGGCUCUUUUCGGCAAGUGGUGGUGAUAUUCACUACUUUGGCCAGCUCACCACACUCAACGAGUGCAUCUACAGAUCCAUGGAGCGUUCCCGCUAUGUCCUGCUAAACGAUAUAGAUGAGAUCAUCAUGCCGUAUCAACAUGACAACCUGACGUCUCUGAUGGACGAGCUGCAGAAGCAGCAUCCAGAAGUGGGAGUGUUCCUCAUUGAGAACCACUUCUUUCCCAAGCAUCACUUUGAACCAAGUGGGAGGUUUCACCUUCCUAGGUGGAGCAAGGUGCCUGGAAUUAACAUUCUGGAACAUAUUUACAGAGAAGACCCUGACCGAAACAUUUACCUUCCUCACAAGUUGAUUGUUCAGCCAAGGAUGGUGGAGCAGACAUCGGUGCAUGAAGUGCUUCGAUAUUUUGGGGAGAAGUACAAAGUCCCGCUGGAGGUUUGUCGGAUCAUUCAAGUCUGUGCUGCCGUACGGAAAUCACUAAAACUAGAGGAGCUCAAUGUGGACUACCGGCUGUGGGAUUUUCAGGAAAAAUUGAUUCCCAACGUGGACAAAGUGUUGAAAAAUCUGGGGUUCAUACAAUAGAAACUCAAGGAUGGAGUCGGAAAGAAAGACCAGCCAACAAGGAUCCUGUUUUGCAGCUUAAAGCCGACAGUAAAUGUAUGCCCUCAGAGGGAGCUUGUUUAGUGCUUUUUUUAUACUCAGCCCACAAUUUAUAGCCAGCAAACACACGAGUCAGUUUUGCAAAGGAAUAAUGUGUAUAUGAAAGGUUUUGCACAGGUAGUUAAACAAUUCAUGUACAUGUAACACAGGAGUAAACUCGUGCUCUUUAUUUCAGCAGGUAAGUCCUAUUUGUAGAAGGGAUUCAUAACAGCUAAAGCUGAUCCUUUCCUUGAUGUAUAUAUUUUUUCAUAAAUGGUUCAGGGAUUUUUAAGUUAUUUUAUCAACUGGAAUUAGUUUGCAUGUAAAGGUAUCUUAUCAAUGCUAGAUGCACAAGUAACAGCAUUUAAUUACUAGAAACUUGAAAAUCUUGUCAAUGAACACAGGGUUCUUUAUACCUUUCCUGCCUCAGGGAACCAUUUCAUGGCAACUCUACCAAACCUUUUAACCGUCCCAUUAUGAUUGUUUCUGAGGUACAGCAAUAAUGUUGGUGGGUCAAUUUGACCCAGGGAGUGUUUAAUCAUGCAGUAGAGCCAGAAACCAAACAAAUCCUCCAAAACAUUUUUAUAUCUGAUUAUUUACUCCAAUACUAACAAUUUCAGUCACUAUUUGUUCAAUGAUUUUUUUAUUUUAUUUCUCACAAAUAAAGGAUUGAUGACGACAACUUACUGAUUUGGACAUAAAAAGUGGAAUUUACUUUUUUUUUUUUUUU